AUGUCUGCAAGUUCAUCUCCAUUCAGACCAUCUAACACACCCGUAUUCAUUGAUGACUCACUCUCACCAGUCAAGCUUCCAACAAGAUCACCCAUGAAGCCACCACCACCUGCACCACCUGCACAACCAGCACAGCCACAGUUAGCACCCAGUCGAGUUUCAUUACACGGCACACCUCCAAUUGCAAAGACAAGUGUCUCACAAUUAUCGCACCAGUUUAGUUCGAAGCCACCCUAUACUGAAAAACCCAACAAAACCACUUUUUUAAACAUCAAUUCGGCACAACGUCGUUCUACCAUUGGCCCAGCGAAACGGUCUUUUUCAUCUUCUGAUCGUCGAAAGCUUAAUCUCAAACCUUCAUCAACAUUGAAUAAACUACAACCCAAUGCUUCGACAACAUCACCAUUACAUAAGAAACGCAAGUCAGCCAACUUGAACAAGAUUCAACAGUCAGCUCAAGAAGUUGAACUGUACAUGAAAUUAUUGAAUGAAGAGCGCGAACAGAGAUUGAAUCGGUCAAUUGAUAGGUCGAGUAUGUCGGAGCCAGACGAGUUGAGCUCGCCUAUAAAAAGAAAUACUCUCCAUGUGCACCGUACUACAGUUGAACUAGAUGCGAUAAGUGAUGAUGAGAAGAAGAAGAGGAACGUGGUAGAACACGAAGAUGAAGAUGCCAUAUUAUUGGAAAAUAGAGACUCGAAAAGGACCCCUGGAACAGUCGAAAAUAUUGAAUUUGGUAGGAGGGAUGUCAUUGAUACUGAAAGGGACUUUGGAAGUGGUGGCAAUGACUUACCGAAUGACAAGAAUCUACGUGAAGCAGCAGCAGCAGCAGCAGCAGCGGAGGCAGAUCAUGGCAAUGACAACUCCAGCGACAGUGAUCUUGAGGUAUUGGGAGACAACUUUUCACGCGAACCGAGUCAAACUUUAACCCACAACCAAUUGACUAAAUUAAUGAGUGAACUGAAACUGGACAGAUUUUCAACAAAAACUCCAGAUAGAAUGACUGAACCACAACCACAAAGGCCCCACCCUCAUCACAUCAAACCAAGCACAGUUGGUAAUGACCAAGAAGACACAAUUUUGAGUCCAUUGAGACACGACAUUGAAGCUGUCAAUGAGUUUCAAGAUGAGUUUCAAGAUGGAAAUGAGUUGGAGGACGAGCCCACAAUGAAUUUUCUUGAUUCGCCAAAUUCAAGAUCUUCUUUUUCUCUCGCAUACAUCGAGAAGUUGCAAUCUGACAAUGAAAGAAAAGUGAUCCAGUUGAAUGAAGAGAUUAAAGAGCGAGAUUUGCGAAUAAACCAAUUGCACGAGGAGUUGGCCAAACAACAAGAGAUUGAACACAAAUUAAAUCAUACACAAGAACUUAAUGACUUACAAUUGAGACAGCUAGAGCAUAAUGUGGCGUCUUUGAACAAGCGCAACAAGAUUUUGGAAUCAUCAAAUUUGAAUUUCAAACGUAAAUUGAUUGAUUACAAAAUCACCGUCAAUGAGAUGGAAGAAUCCAAUCGCGUAUUGACAGAAAAGAACGAUGUUUUGGAAAACAAACUCUCCAAGCUUCAAGAUGAACACAGUCAGAUGCAAAAAGAGCAUAUUGAAUUCACUUUGAAAGUAGAUGAUUUUGAAACUGUCAAGUCACGACUUGUUAAUGAGAAACAAGAACUCUUGGAUAAAUUGGCUAACAUGGAGCGUGAAUACGAAACAAGAAUUGACCAUUUGGAGGAGAAUAUCAAGCUAUUAGAGCUGUCCGAUAAUGAAAUGAAAGUAGCUAAUAGUGAACUCAAAUCUCAAAUUGAAUUAUUAAAGUCCAGAAACGAGGACUUACAAAAGGAGAAAUCAAACUUACUUGCUACAAAUGAUGAAAACCAGGAGUUGAUGAAGGAAUUGGACCAUUUGAUUUCAACAACUAGAGAAAACUAUGAGAAUGAAAUUGGCCAAUUAAAAGCAAAACACGAAAAGGAGACUUUAGAGCUCUCUACAGAGGUGCGUCAUCUUCUAAACAGCGAAGCUCGGAAUAAGGAGCUGGUUACUGAUUUAUCACGAAAGAUUGAGGUCAAGACGGAACAAAUUGAAUCUCUCGAGUUACAAUUGGAAUCUCAAACAACUGAUUUUGACAAUCUAAAGUCAGAAACACACCAUCUUGAAUCGAAAUUGGCCCUUCUUCAAAAUGUCGAAGCUGACAAAAACCGAAUUGAAUCAGAACUAAUUGAUCUUAAGAAUAAAUAUGAAACUGAGAUUUCCGAUAAAGAAAGUGAAAUUUAUAACCUCACCACCAAACACAGCAGCUCACAAAAUGAAAUUCAACAACUCAAAUCCACCAUAACAGAUUUGAAAUCACAAUGCGAUUCCCACUCGCAAACAAUUACAAAGCAAGCAUCCGAUAUAUUCACUUACAAGACUGAGAUUGACAAGUUACUUAAUGCCAUAACCGCCCUCAAACAAGAUCUCACCAACAAGGAAUCACAAGUAACUCAAUUACAUCAAGAUCUAGAAUCAUUGAAAAUUGAUCAACAACGCGAUCUCAAACUACAAGAGGAUAAAUUAGUCAAGUACUUGCACCAUGAAUAUGCACAAAAACACACAACAAAGAUGAAUGAAUUCAAAAUGUAUUAUGAACAAGAAUUGAAGAAUCGAGAUUUGACGAUUAAGAAAUUGAAUCGAGAUGGCGAUUUUUUGCUGAAGAAUUUGGAAAUUUUGCGUCAAAAGUAUAAUGAAUUAUUGGGUGAAAAAGCGGAACGAAGUGAAUCGUAA